GGGGGAGCACGUAACUCCCAAUGUAUCUAGUAUCAAAUUAUUCUCCUGUGGCCCGAAGCGUGCGAGUGAAGGCGUUCGACUGCAAGUGGCCCAGACGCCACAGACGCGUUAGCGCCCAAAGACAACAUGUUCGCGUCGCGCCUGAGCAUUGCGUACCUGACCCUCGCCACAGCCAUCGAACUUUCUCCUCGGACUGUCACCGUGCCACUCCAUGCUAAAAGAUUUUAUGACUUGUUUCUGGGAAGCUAUCAGGUAAAAUUGCAGUCCGCGAAAUGGUCCGCUAUCGCCGACACCACUCGUCAGUUGUGUUUGAUCGGCGAACUUGCAAUAUCGCAUCCCACCGCUUUUCGAGUACGUGAUAAAGCAGGUUGUAAUAGGGGGAUGGAGGAUGAGGCAUCCGCUCCAUGAAGUUUGCUCAGCUUCAACGGCAUCACACCAGCUUAUUUGAGUGCUAUUACCACCUGUGGCGCUCAGUUCAAUCGCAGUCUGUUCUGGUUCGGGCAAGAACGUACGGCCGGCAUCUAGCUCAUUAUUCUAUUUUCUCCCUCUCAACGUGAUUAUUCUAUGUUCUGGUGAAGGAAUACGUGUGAGUACGUCACUGCAUCUUCCAAUGGCGGUAAUUUGUGUCGGUAAUCUCACCCCACCUCUUGACAUACACGGGGAACGGUCGUCAUCAGGGCUGAUUUUAUCGUAAUAGUUCGCAUUCGGCGCUCUCGAAGAAAUGAG